ACUACUGCAGCAUAUUAACUUCUGCAAGAAGCGACUCGUGGCUCAUUUCCCAGUUAUUCCAGACUCUCAAUCAAAUUAUAUUAAUCAAGAUCAACGAUCUUCCAUCUCAAAGAGUACUUUGUUUUUUGUGGGUAAAAUCGUUCGUGGGUGAAACGUCAACAAAAUGGAAAACGAAUCGUUGCAAUUGAGCGGUCUUAAUCUAAAUGUGAAUGCCCCCAUGUUCGUGCCGAAUAUCAACGCUGCAGCUUUCGUGCCGUCGUUCCUACGGCCGGAACCGACCGUCUGUGAAGCACAGACAUUGAACCAGAAACCAACUAUGGAUACUACAGAAUCCAGUCCCACCACAGAUUCUCCUUUACUAACCUCAGAUGCCAGUCCCAACAAUCCUCCUGUGGAUAGCUGGGAAGAAGAAGCAGAUAAAGAACAUGCAGAAGAUCUGAAAGUUAACAAAGUGUUAGGACAUGAUAUAAAUGGAGAUGGUGGUGAAGGGACUGUGCAUGACAAUGAUGAGGAAAAAGAUAUUGAAGCAGAUCCUGAAGGUGAAAGUGAUGGUGAUGGAGCUGCUGAUGUUGAGGCUGCACCUAAAAUCAAGAAAAAGGUUGUUAAAGGACCAGCUGAAAGUAAAAGUAAAAAGGAGCACAUUAAUGUAGUGUUCAUUGGGCAUGUUGAUGCUGGAAAAUCAACUAUUGGUGGUCAAAUUAUGUUUCUGACUGGAAUGGUUGACAAGCGUACCCUAGAGAAAUACGAAAAAGAAGCUAGAGAGAAGAACCGUGAAUCGUGGUAUCUUUCUUGGGCGCUAGAUACCAAUCUUGAAGAAAGAGAAAAGGGCAAGACCGUAGAGGUGGGGCAUGCCUCAUUUGAAACAGAACGGAAACAUUUCACCAUUUUAGACGCACCUGGUCACAAGAGUUUUGUACCCAACAUGAUUAGCGGUGCCUCUCAAGCCGAUUUGGCCGUUCUGGUCAUCUCUGCUCGUAAAGGAGAAUUUGAAACGGGUUUCGAAAAAGGUGGUCAGACAAGAGAACACGCCAUGUUAGCGAAAACUGCGGGCGUCAAACAUCUUGUAGUACUUAUUAACAAAAUGGACGAUCCAACUGUUAACUGGGAUGAAGAGCGAUACAAUGAGUGUAAAGAGAAGUUACUUCCUUAUUUGAAAAAAUUGGGUUUCAACCCUCAAAAAGACCUCACUUUCAUGCCGUGCUCUGGUCUUACUGGUGCUGGUCUUAAAGAGCCUGUCGAUUCAAAAGCAUGUCCCUGGUAUAGCGGCCUACCGUUCAUUCCAUUGCUCGAUGAUAUGCCUCCUUUAGUGAGAUUUGUUGAUCGCCCCUUUAUUAUGCCCAUCGUUGACAAAUACAAGGAUAUGGGUACAGUCGUCUUGGGCAAAGUGGAAGCUGGAGAAGCAAAGAAGGGCCAAACUUUGUUAGUUCUUCCUAAUAAGACUCCGGUGGUUGUGGACCAACUAUGGUCCGACGAGGACGAAGUUACUGUUGUAGGUCCAGGGGAAAACGUCAAGAUAAAACUAAAGGGAGUUGAGGAAGAAGACAUUUCUUCCGGGUUCGUACUCUGUGAUCCAAAUAACUCCUGCAAAACAGGGCGUAUUUUUGACGCCCAGGUCGUCAUUUUGGAGCACAAAAGCAUCAUUUGUGCAGGUUACUCUGCUGUUUGUCACAUUCAUACGGUAGCUGAAGAAGUUUCGGUGAAGGCCCUUAUUUGCCUAGUUGACAAAAAAACAAAUGAAAAAUCCAAAAUACGGCCGCGUUUUGUCAAACAAGAUCAAAUUGCUAUCAUGCGCCUGGAAGCGGCAGGUGUUAUUUGUAUGGAACCUUUCAAGGAUUUCCCGCAGAUGGGCCGAUUUACCCUGAGAGACGAAGGACGAACGAUUGCGAUUGGAAAAGUGCUCAAAGUCAUAGAAUAAGGUCACCGCGCUAAAGUCGAUUAAAUGCAAAAUCAGUCUCCGCCAGCUGACAAAAGAAACAGAAAUUCCGCCUACUAAGGGAAAUCAUAUGGCCGCGCCGUGUCCAAGUUUUAUCAAUACCUCCCUCUUAUUAUUAUUAUUUUUUUCUAUUGUCUUGAGGAUUAUUCAUUUUUACCUUCUAUUAUACGAAAGUUCUAUGUCUGACGCGAGCAUUUCCUUGGAGACCAUACCGAUCGUGAUCUUACACCCAUAUGGAUUCAAAUCGCGCGUGUUUAGUUCAUUUCUUUUUCUUUGGUUUUGUUCAACUAUGUUCUUGCCCCCUUUCGCCAAUUCUCUUUCAAGAAAUUCAUAAGCUAUUUUCUUCUCUUUUUAUUUUUACUGAUUCUACGUUUCACGUGGCAACAGAAGACCAUUCAAUUGUUACAAUUGGAGAUUGCCUGAAAUUUCAAGGCAUGAAUCUAUUCAAGCAGUUUCGCCAGGUCGGUCUGUUUGACAGGUGUCUGUAUUUUCUCUCCCUUUUUUUGGUUUAUUGAAUUUUGAAUAAUCCGGUAUGUACAUUGUAAAUCUGUUGACAUCUCCUAAUUGCAUUGUACUAAAAUUAAGAGCAGUUUUUUUUUCUGUCAUCGUUUACGGUUCGAUAGCAGUUAUCAUGUUGGAUUGCUCGAGGUAGAAACCACACGGGAAGGAACAUUUUUUCUUUCUUUUUUUCUAUGCCGAAAUUUAAAAUUCGCUAAGUGCCUCUUGUGCUUGUAUGGCCUUUUUUUUAUUAUUAUUAUUCUCUCUACUUCUCUUUCUCUCACUUUAUGACGCGGUCCAUUUGAUCUGCGUACUAUUGAGACAUAGACUUGCACCCUCUUUUGCUUCCCAACUUCAACCGAAAAUCUUCAUGUUAUGCGUGUGUAAGACUAUCGACCGAAACAUGUCUGGUGUCGACAUAUAAAGGGACUUGUAUCAACCGAA